AUGUCGCUGAAGCGGAACUGCCGGGAGCGGCUCUUCAGCGUGAUCGAGAAGAUCACCCAAGUGAGCAAGUAUGUCAUCAUGGUGGUGGACCCGAGGGCGCACCAAGUGCUCUCCAUGAUUUGCCGAAGCGAAGAGCUUCUAGAACGUGGCGUGUCCCUCGUGGAACAGAUUGACGCGAAGCGGAGCAGGCUGCAAGAUUUCGACUGCAUCUAUUUCCUCAGUUCCAAAAUGCAAGUCGUGGAAAGCAUGUUGGAAGAUUUCAAAGAUGAGAAAGAUGCAAUGUACAAUAAUGUCCACAUUUUAUUUACCUCCAAUGUGGGGAAGAAAAAGAGAGAAAUUUUAGACCUCCUGGCGACUAGCGAUCUGCUACUUAAGAGGAUGAAGACAUGUGCCUGUUUUAACAUCCCCUUCUUUGCAUUCGAAAGUAGAGUCUUCUACUUAGACCAUAAAUUAAAUCUGUACGAUUUUUAUCCUAUAAAAGAUUCAAGCAUUUUAGAACACCUUGCGUUGGAGUUACUCUCUGUUUGCUCCUGCCUGAAGAGUAAUCCUCUUGUCCGUUAUCUGAAUUCUCCUCUGUGUAGGAAGUUUUCCGAAAUCUUUUACAGCUGUGUGAGUGACUCCAACAUUUUGGAAACAUCUGAUGGGAAAGAUGAAGAGGACAUGUUGUUGAUUUUGGACCGAUCGGUCGAUUGCUCCAUUUUGUUCGUCCACGACUACGCGUACCAGAGUCUCUGUUACGAUGUGCUGCGGAUCAGGACGGAGAGGGGGAAGCCGAAGCAGUCGGGGAAGGCCAACCAGGCAAAAGGAGGGGUGCGCACCGAAGGGGGGGGCACUGACCAAGGAGAUGAAGACCCCCACACAGUUAGCUUCGAAAUUACAAACAACGAUCAACGGAAGGAAGUAAAAAGAGCCACCCUCUCAGAGGAAGACAACCUUUGGAUAAAGUACAGACAUACACACAUCCAGGACGUAAAUGAGAUGAUCAAAAAUGAUAUUGCUUCCUUUACCGAGAAAAAUGCAGUCGCUAAGAUUAAGAAAAAAGAUGUAUUAAAUCCAAAUGAAGCACUACAUGCCCUGCGAUCCCUUCCCCAAUACGAAACGAUGAUUCAGCAAUACUGGCUCCAUGUCUACCUAUGUGAUAACUGCUUCAAGACAUUAGAAAAGAGAAAUAUCGUACAAGUCGGGAUGGUGGAACAGGACCUGUGCUGUAAUGUGGACACUUACGGGAAAGAACUCACGCACAGCAAAAAUUGCAAAAAUGUCCUCUCCAUCAUCAGCAGUAAUGAUUACCAGCAAGAGGAGAAAGCCAGACUACUUCUUCUCUAUUUUGUUAAUUAUGAGAAUGUAAGCGAGGUGGAGAAAGAAAGACUGAUCGAAUCGUCCCAGGUUGGUCUCUUCAUGGAGAAGUUCAUCGAAGACUUCCUCAAUUUGAAGUUGCACUCUGGGCAGAUGCCCUCUACUCAGAUGCCCUCCAGCCCAUCCGCCCCCGUGGAGAAGCACACAGCAGAGGAAAACCCCUCCGCGGGGUGCAAAGUUUCCCAUAUCCUCGAAAGGAACAAAAAAAAGGUUAAGCAUUACAAGAAUGUCGCAAAGAAUGCAAAAUAUGAGCUCAGUCGAUAUGAACCAAACAUUAGAGACAUCAUUACGGAGUUACAUGAGGAUACUCUCCACAGGGGACACUUCCCAUUCGUGGAUCCUAACCGCGGGUCCUCCUCCACCUCCAACCAUGUAAAAGAGCAGAACGCCUCUGCAGGGAAGAAGUCAAAUGUGACCAGGGGAACUAUGUGGGAGUUCAAAUCAGUCGAAAGGAAAGAGACCCAAACGGGGAGUCGAAAAAAAAUCAUCCUUUUUAUCCUUGGCGGGAUUACCUUCCCCGAAAUUAGGCAGGCUUAUGAGCUGUCUGAGCAGCUGGGCGUAGACGUUUAUUUGGGCGGCACGUCCCUGCUCACCAGCGAGGUGCUCUUCCAGCAGUUUAGGCGGUUCCCCGGCGGGUAG